UUGAACAUGAACGAAAACAAAAAUUUUGGAAAUUGCAAAGUGGGGAUUUGCAACUUUAUGUGCCCACCAGCUGAGAUAGAGCUAAGAACUAGAGAAAGAUUAGUACAUUUCCUGGAAAAGACUUUACAAAAUGGAAGGCUUCAGACUGAUACAGACAAAAUGGUUAAAGAAUACAGUAGGCCAGCAGCAGGCAAACGUGACCCUGGACCAGAUGACCUGCGACCUCCGGAUGUUUUAGUCAGAACUGUUGAUUAUCUUCUUGGUAGUAUAACAGCAAGAAAAGAUGUUGACUGGAAAGAUAUAUAUGAUUUUGUAUUUGACCGAUUACGAUGUGUUCGACAAGACAUGGUGAUACAGAAUAUAGGUGGCAGCAGUGGUAUAAACAUUCUAGAGAAAAUAGCAAGAUUUCAUAUCUAUGCUGGAUACAGAUUAUGUACUGAACCAAUAGCAAGAUUCGAUCCCAAGAUUAACAACCAGCAUACACAAGAAUGCUUAAAGAGACUAUUAUAUGUAUACUCAGUUGUACCUGGUAACCAUGACAACAGACAGGAGUUUGAAAGUGUUUAUUUAUUGUAUAAUCUGGGUCAGACCGAUGCUUUGAUGCACUUUUAUGAUUUAAGUAAAGAUUUACGAACAUCAUCCUUUAUUAGCUUAUGUUAUAGAACCAGUAUUGAAUACAUGUUAGGAAAUCAUGUCAGGUGUCUUCGAUUGCUUCACCACCAUCUGUGUAAACAGUAUCCAAUAUUACUGUGUGCUCUACAUCGUCAUCUUUCAAACAUUCAGAGACAAUCAUUACAGACCAUGAAUACAGCCUUUAGCUCAAAAGCAUCCAAGUAUCCUGUGGAGAACCUCUUAAAGUUGUUUAUGUUUAGAGAUUCUGAUCAUGUGAUCAGAGAGUGUGAACAAUGUGGUUUGAACAUCAGUAAUGAUAAACAGUCUGUUAACUUCUUAAAAGGAUCUUUCGUUCAUCCUGAAAAGGAACAUAAAUCUUACUUAGAAGUUAUAGAUAAAUUGAUAGCAAUGAACAACUUAUCCAACAUUCUUCUGAAUAAAUUGCCACCAUAGUCUGCAUCUGUCCAGUAAAAGCUGCCGUUGGAGUGGAAAAAAUAGGUCAAACAUUUUAUUAGAAUUGAAACACAUAUGUAAAAUCUAUACAUUCUAUCAAAACAUGUUUACAAUUUUGAAUUGAUUUGAUACUGUGGGUUCAUUUUUAAAUUUUGGAAACCAAAUUUCAUGGAUCUGUGGGUAAAAGUAAAUUACAAAUUUUUAAAAAUAUUAAAUCAAGUACAAAUAUUUUAUAGGCUUGAUUUGCGACUUUGGAAUUAAGGUGGUACCAAACACCUUGACUAAAAUUAAUUUGGCUCGUUUAAUUUUCAUAAAUUUUGACAAAAUAUUUACUUUGACCAUUUGACAAAUAUAUAAAAACUUAAAACAAAACUUGAACACACACUUUAUCGGAAAAAUUUCAUUGAAUAUAUAGCAGUUUGACAAACACUAAUUUUAUCAUUGAGAAGCUUAAUAUUUCUUGAACAAUAGAAUGUGAUUAAAACGUUCAGCUGAUUUUUACAGAGUUAUCUCCCUGUAGUGUUAUGUACCACCUUAAAUAUCCAUGAAAAAACUAUUUUUUUUCUCAAUCCACAAAAAUAAAUGAAUCAACAGUAAACAGAUUAAAGUGUACUGUAAAAUGUUGUGUAUAAUCUGCAUUGAUGUAGUUAUGCCCCUACCUGUCAUUUUUUUAAUUUUAGAGAGAAAAAAACUGUGCAUUGUAUACUACCUGAAUUAGUUAAUUUCAUGUUUACAAAUCAAAUAUUGACAUUGAAGUGAAUUACAGCGCAAUUGGUGAAAAAAAAACAGUCAUGUGAAGUUUUAUAAUGCGACAAGAGUUGUAACAUGUGAGCACUUUUCAGAUCUGUCAGAUGCCUAUUUCCUUUUUGUCUGUACUUUGUGAUUAGGGGUAUGCUUAGCACAACAAUACAUGCAAGUUUUUUUUAUCAAUAUGGUAGGAGCCUAAACUACUUGAGCCGUUCUUAUAUUCCCAGAUUGUAAAAUCUUUUUUUUUUACUAUGACAAAUUGAUUUAUUGGUCUAAAGCUGUUACAAUUACCUUUAUAUUGCUACAGCUUUCACAAAAUCUUAAGUGUCUUUUUGGCUUAAAAUUUUUUACCAAUUUUUACAAUAUAUACAAUUCAAUAGCAAUAUUGUACUUUAAUUGUCUUUUCUAUGCUGUGAUAUGAAUUAAGAUUUUAUUAUGAACUUAAGACUGGCAAUAUAUUUUAUCAUGUUUAUUUUUACAUCAUAUUUUAUCAUGUUUAUUUUUUCAACAUAUUUUAUCCAUGUAAAACAUUUUAAAUUAUGUAUUUUUUAUUUCUUCAAGUUACCUGUUUUUACCAAGGGCUAUUCUAUAAAAAGGGAUGUGUUAGGGGAGGAAGGGUCUUGAAAAUCCCUCCAAUGCAACAUUUGAGUAAUUUACAUAAAAUGGACAUUCAACCAUAAGUGAGGAUCUGCAUGGGGGUUUACAGAAUAGAUAAUAAUGGGUAAAGAAUAGAUAAUAAUGGGGAAAAAAUAGAUAAUAAAGGGAAAAAGAUACAGAAUAUAUAAUAAUGGGUAAAGAAUAGAUAAUGAUGGGGAAAAGAUACAGAAUAGAUAAUAAUGGGGAAAGAAUAGAUAAUGAUGGGGAAAAGAUACAGAAUAGAUAAUAAUGGGGAAAAGAUACAGAAUAGAGGACCAAAAAAAUAAAGUAUAGAUAAAAAUAGAUAAAAAUAGAUAAAAAUAGACCUAAAAAAAAUAAAAGAAUAGAGAAUAAUUAGGUGCUAAAAGGAGUAAGUUCACUAGGGUUAAAAUUGGCCCUAAGAUUUUCAUGUUUUUUUUAAUCAGGCAACAAUACUUCACAUUUCACAUAGAAAUAGUUGUGAUAUUACUAUUAACACCAAAUAACUUCUUUUUGGCAUAUCACAUUAAAAAUGACGAAGUAAUGACUCCUAAAAUAUGCAUCAUUGUUCAAGUUUUAAAUAAUUCUUAACUGUUUUUAGCAUAAUAUACUCUGACCUCACCCCCAAUCCAGAAAAAAUAGUUUUCUAGGAAUUCAAUAUCUCUAUUGACAACUUUUGAUUACAGAACAUUUUGGAUCCUAGGUUGCAGCCAAGGAUUUUCUCAAGCUUUUAUGUCCGAAACUGCACAAAGAAAAUAUAUCCAAAAUAUAGUGAUUUUGAAGCUUAGAAUAUAUUCGUAUGAAGAGAUUUGUUCAACCUUGUAUUGGAGCUGUUGAAAUAGAUCCAUUUAAGAACCAAAUUAUGGCCAUUUUGAAAUUUUAUGAAAAAGUUGAAAUGUAAAGGCCAUAUUUAGCCUAAAGUGAACUUUAUCCUUUAAAGAAUGGAGAAUAAUUUGAUGCUAAAAUUUAAAGAAUAGAGAAUAAUUGGGUGCUAAAAUUUAAAGAAUAGAGAAUAACUGGGUACUCAAAAAUAAAAAUUGAAAAACAGCAUAAAAAUUUGAAGAAUACAUAAAUGAUUAGGACCCCCAUUCAGACCCUCAUCAGUAACCUAGGAACCAUAUCAAAACUUAAAAUUGCCUUCCUAGUUCAUUGAUAAUUUUCUAUGUUUUCUAUGCAUUGUGUGCGAUUUUGUCCCAUGUACAUUUACUCCAUAUCCUUUCAUUUUCUAUUCCUACCCUCUCACAUUCAUUUUAAUAGAAUAGCCCUAAAUAUUAAUGGCAACAUGUCUUUUAACAAACAUUUUAUUGUCGUAUUAUGUUUGUAUUUGUAAUAUUAUCUAAGAAUCAAUUAAAUAUUUACUUUGUA